UCAGUGACAAUGGUGUUGUUUCUGAUCGGGAUCUCCAUCGCCGUGAACAAUUCAUCUCAUGAGAACCAAACUGCAGAGAACCCCACCCACCAGGGGGAUCAUGUGCUCCCCUCCACUCUGGUCAUAUCCCUGCUUCUCAUCGUCGUCGUCCUGCUGACGAUCUACUGUCUGAGGUUCAAAAACCACAGGAAAGCUCUCGUUACCUCGGUGGAUAAAAAGAUUCCGAAUGGCUUCCUGGAGGAACAAGGAGAGCAGACAGUGGUCCUUCUCCCCCGGUCGCCCUCGCCCUCCAAGAGGUACUUCCCCAUCCCGCUGGACUCGCUGGAGGAGGAGUACCGGUUACGCUCCGCGGACGACGGCAAACUCUUCAGAGAAGAGUUCAAUUCGCUGCCGUGUUACUACCACCAUGGGUCCUUUGAGGAGGCGAGCCGAGAGCACAACAGAGAGAAAAACAGAUACCCAAACAUUUUACCAUACGAUCAUUCACGAGUGGUGAUGAGUCAUCUCGAUGGACAUCUGUGCUCUGACUACAUAAACGCAUCUUACAUAGACGGUUAUAAAGAGAAGAACAAGUUUAUUGCAGCACAAGGCCCAAAACUUGAGACGCUGUCCGACUUCUGGCGGAUGAUCUGGGAACAGAAAACAACAACGAUAGUGAUGCUGACGAAUCUGAAAGAAAGAAAAGAGGACAAAUGUUAUCAGUACUGGCCGGAGAAGGGCUGCUGGAUGUACGGGAACGUCCGGGUGGCGACGGAGGACGUGACGGUGCUGGUGGACUACACCAUCAGGAAGUUCUGUGUUCAGUAUCAGGGCAGCGACGGUCCCCGGGCGCCGCGGCUGGUCACCCAGCUCCACUUCACCAGCUGGCCAGACUUCGGGGUGCCGUUCUCGCCCAUAGGCAUGCUGAAGUUCCUCAAGAAGGUCAAGGCUGUCAAUCCGUCCUACGCCGGACCGAUUGUUGUGCACUGCAGUGCCGGGGUGGGGAGGACUGGGACGUUCAUUGUCAUCGACAGCAUGAUCGACAUGAUGCACAUGGACCAGAGGGUGGAUGUCUUCGGCUCCGUGAGCAGAAUCCGAGAGCAGCGCUGUCAACUCAUCCAGACAGAUAUGCAGUACUCCUUCAUCUACCAGGCUCUGCUGGAGUACUACCUGUACGGAGACACGGAGCUGGAUGUGUGCUCCCUGGAGGGCCAUCUGCAGAGGCUUCACAACACCAGGGCGCCCCACGACAGGCUGGGCCUGGAGGAGGAGUUCAGGAAGCUGACCAACGUUCGCAUAAUGAAGGAGAACAUGAGAACCGGGAACCUCCCCGCCAACAUGAAGAAGAACCGCGUGCUUCAAAUCAUCCCGUAUGAUUUCAACCGAGUAAUACUCUCAGUGAAAAGAGGACAGGAGUUCACCGACUACAUCAAUGCCUCCUUUAUUGAUGGCUACAGGCAGAAGGACUAUUUUAUCGCGACCCAGGGCCCCUUGUCUCACACGGUGGAGGACUUCUGGAGGAUGGUGUGGGAGUGGAGGUGCCAUUCGAUCGUUACGCUCACCGAACUCAAAGAGAGGGAGCAGGAGAAGUGCUUCCAGUACUGGCCAUCAGAGGGCAGUGUAACAUUUGGAGAUUAUUCCGUGGAGCUGACUGCUGAUACACAGUGUGAAACCUUCACGCUCAAAGACAUGGUGCUCACCUACAGACCAGAGAAGAGGUCACAGCACGUGCGACACUUCCACUUCCACGGCUGGCCUGAGAUCGGGAUCCCGGCCGAGGGACGAGGGAUGAUCGACAUCAUCGCGGCCGUGCAGAGGCAGCAGCAGCAGUCUGGAAACCGUCCCAUAAUCGUGCACUGCAGUGCCGGUGCGGGUCGGACCGGCACCUUCAUCGCCCUCAGCACGAUCCUGGAGAGGGUGAAGGCUGAAGGCCUCCUGGACGUCUUCCAGACAGUCAAGAGUUUACGCAUGCAGAGACCACACAUGGUUCAGACUGUGGAGCAAUACGACUACUGCUACAGAGUGGUGCAGGAUUUUGUUGACAUUUUCUCAGACUACGCCAAUUUUAAAUAGCAGCUGUCAGAUUUUGUUUAACGUAUAAUUUGGUCGGACUAACUUAUGCAAUUUUUUUCUGAAUGUUUUUUUCUACACCCAGCUUUCUUUUUCUUUUCUUUUUUACAUUUUGCACAGAUGUAAAAAAUUGUUGUACAAUACUGUAAUAUAACUGAAAACAUCUGCGCUUCAGGUGUCUCCUUCAGGAAUGUUUGAUCUUCAAGUAUAAUAAUGUAAAAAAUAGAAAAGAACAAUUUUACGAGUGUAAAUGCAACGUUGUUAGGGUCAAUAAAGUGUGUAAGAGGAUAUAGAGGAAAUACUCAAUUGUGUGUUGUUUAGAAACACAAUACACAAUUGAGUAUACUAAUGUUUUACUCGCUACCUAAUGUGUUGAUGUGUUGAAGAUUAGGGUAUUUAUUUCUUCUUUAUUAUUGACCACAAUGCCUUUGGUUUACAUGACUUAUUAUUACUUGUAUUUUAUGCUGCCACUGAAAAUAUUGGAUUGCCGUGAGGAAAAUAAAUUGUGUGUGUGAUAAGUCGGAUGAGCUGAUUAAUGCUGAGGGAUAUCCUGUCUGACAUGUGUGGAUAAUAUUUAUGAUUCAGUUUUUAGCUCUAACGAAAACAAAGAAGUCGUGAUAUAUCGCUUUCUGUUCGACCUCACUUCUGUCUGUGAAUAACUUAACAGCUGCUGCCUGUUGCAAUUUUAUUCAACUUCACCAACUUUCUUUUUUUAUUAUUUUCUUUUUGCCUGUGGCAAUAUUACUUAGUGGAUUCGGCGCCUGACGCUGCAAAAUGCAAUUAGCCCACAUUGGAACAGGCAGAAUAUGAUCCAUUAUGACAUGAAUCCAAUUGUGUCAUCCUUACAAAAGUUUUGCAGCCACGUAUCAAAUCCAUGCUUCCAAAAAUAUGAUGUGUAUAUAUAUAUAAAUAUUAACAAGCCAACUGUACACUUUUAAGUUUGCAUACAGCAGUGCCAUACUGAUUAGAAAACAGCUCUGAUCAUGAAAUACUUGUCACCAAGUGACACAAUUGUAAUAAGGAUAAGCCAGAUGUUUAUGUUUAAUUGAAAUAUUAUAGAUGCAUUUUUAAAAGGUGUAUUGUUUCUGAAUGUGGUCUCAUGUGUGAGGAUCAUUUCAUUGUUUUGUAAAUUCACUCCUCAAAAUAUUAUAUUAUAAGCAAUUGUACCAUAGUUUUAGUUUAGCUUGCAGAUGAGUGUAGGAAUCUGGGUGUAAAUGAAGCUGUUGAUAAUUGAUGCAGCUGAACCUUGUUCGUCCACAGGGACGGAGAUGAAAAGGACGGAGAUGAAAAAUCUCUGGGACAGUGAAAAAGUAUUGAAAUCAAGAACCAGUGCUCCGCCAAAAUAUGAAAUAUGCAUGCACAGGCAUUUGGACAUAUUUCGAAUGUGAUAGUAAGUCUUAGUUUCAUAUUUAAACACAGAAGACCCAACAUUUCUGCAAAAUCAAAAGCAUAUAUUUUUGCGAGGCUCCUGCUCAUUUCUUUGUAGAACACUAACAGGGAAGCCUGAAGUUUGGGUGAAUAACUUUCUACUGUGUUUCUACUGCCAUUAUUACAAAAGUCAUAAAAUGGGUUUAUGGCACGCUGAUCAUUUUGUUUAUUUAGUGUACAUAAAUUCCUGUUGUGGUCAUUAAUCAUCACUAAGGUUUACUGCAUUGUCGACUCCUUUUAAUGUACCGUCAUGCUGAAAGAAUAAGAAACAGUAAUAUUUGGCGACAGCCAGGCCUUGCAGCCGCUGUAACAUAAAUGCACAAGCAUCUUGUUUCAAUGAUGUUUCUGCCUUUCCAAUCUGUAUGGGUUUGAACGACUGUUUGUUUGCUAAGAGCUGAUACCAAUAAAUAAUAGAU